AUGUCUGAAGCCAAGCAAGUCGAAUUACAAUCCAAGGAUAAGCAAUCUUUCAAGGUCGACAGAGAUGUUAUUCUCAUGUCUGGACUCGUGAAAGAUAUGUUGGAAGAAGGUGAUGAAGACGAUUGCCCAAUCAUCCCAGUUCCAAACGUUGAUUCUAAACCAUUGCAAAAGGUUAUUGAAUACUGCCAAUAUCACCACAAGGAACCAGCCCAAGAAAUUGAAAAGCCUUUGAAGGGUAAAAUUGAGGAUGUUAUCUGUGAUUGGGACAAGAAGUUCUUGGAAAUUGAUCAAUCUCUCUUGAUCGAACUCAUCAUGGCUGCCAACUAUUUGAACAUCAAGGAUCUCUUAGAUCUUACAUGUGCAAAGGUUGCAUCGAUGAUCAAGGGUAAAUCACCAGAGCAAAUUCGUGAAAUGUUUGGUAUUGAAAAUGAUUUCACUCCUGAAGAGGAAGCAAAGAUAAGAGAAGAGAACAAGUGGUGCGAAGAAGCAUAA